GCCUGCCUGAAUGCCAUGCUUCACAGUAACACACGCAUAGGGGAUGGCACAUUCUUCAAAAUCCCUGGAAAGUCGGGCCUCUAUGCUCUCAAAAAAGAGGAGUCAUCAUGCCCAGUGGAUGGAACGUUGGAUCUAGUCUGUGACCCAGACCUGGAUGGCGCUGAGAUGGCAGAGGCCAGUGCCAAUGGAGAGGAGAACAGGGUGUGUACGAAGCAGGUAACGGAUGAAGUAUCUUCCACUCGAGACUGCAGCCUUACGAACGCGGCAGUGCAAAGCAAGCUGGUGUCUUCCUUCCAGCAGCACACCAAAAAGGCCCUGAAGCAGGCUUUGAGGCAGCAGCAGAAAAGAAGAAAUGGAGUCUCAAUGAUGGUGAACAAGACUGUCCCUCGUGUUGUUUUGACACCAUUAAAGGUGUCUGAUGAGCAGUCGGAUUCUCCUUCAGGAUCCGAGUCUAAAAAUGGGGAUGCAGACAGUUCAGAUAAAGAAAUGAAACACGGGCAAAAAUCUCCUACUGGAAAACAAACAAGUCAGCACUUGAAGCGCUUAAAAAAGUCUGGUUUAGGACACUUGAAAUGGACCAAAGCUGAGGACAUUGACAUAGAAACCCCCGGCUCUAUCCUCGUCAACACUAACCUGAGGGCAUUGAUCAACAAGCACACCUUCGCCUCCUUCCCUCAGCACUUCCAGCAGUACCUCCUGCUUCUGCUCCCAGAGGUGGACAGGCAGAUGGGAAGUGAUGGAAUUUUACGCCUCAGUACUUCAGCUCUAAAUAAUGAAUUCUUUGCAUAUGCAGCACAAGGGUGGAAACAGCGACUGGCAGAAGGAGAGUUUACCCCAGAAAUGCAAUUACGAAUAAGGCAAGAAAUUGAGAAGGAAAAGAAAACAGAACCUUGGAAAGAAAAAUUCUUUGAGAGGUUUUAUGGAGAGAGAUUGGGCAUGUCCAGAGAAGAAUCUAUGAAGCUUACUUCUGGACCAAACCAUGAAGGAGCUGAAGGGAGUUCCUCACAUGGGGACUCUGGCCUUCCUGGUCCUUCUGCUCAGACUGCAUUAGAAGAACAGCAACCAAAAGUCAUGAAAAGUUCAACUUCCUUGGAGGCUGACUUCUGCACUACCGUUUGCCCUAUGUUAGAGGUUCCAGUGAAGGAUAUAAUGACAGAAUCUGAAACAGAAGACAUAUUUAUCCCAGAGGAAUCUGUGAUUCAGGAGGAAGUGGCAGAGGAGGUAGAGACGAGUAUCUAUGAAUGCCAAGAUGAAAAUCUUAAAACAAUAACUGAGUUUUCUGAGGAGUCUGAAAGUCCUGCCACCUCUUGUGAAGAACCCCAGGUAGCAGCCCCUGAAGACAGCUUGGAGUCCUGUGUUGUAAUGAAUGACAUUUUAGACACUUUACCUCACAUUGAAGUGAAGAUAGUUGAGAAAUUAGAAUGUCCUCAGGAAGAAAUGUCUGUUGUUAUUGACCAACUAGAAAUCUGUGACUCUCUCCUUCCUUGCCCUUCAUCUGUCACCCAUGUCCUUGAUGUGGAACAGAAGGAACAAGAAACCACCAUAGAGACCAGCACCAUGGCCCUGAGAGCAGGGCCAUCUUCUCUAGAAAGCCAACUUCCAAAUGAAGGAAUUGCUGUAGAUAUGGAGCUGCAGAGUGACCCUGAAGAACAGCUCUCAGAAAACGCUUGCAUCUCAGAGACUUCCUUCUCCUCUGAGAGCCCAGAGGGAGCAGGUGCCAGCCUUCCAUCCCCAGGCGGGGAGACACACUCCACAUCUGAAGAGUCCUGCACUCCAGCCUCUCUGGAAACAACAUUCUGUUCUGAGGUGUCCAGCACUGAGAAUACAGACAAGUACAACCAGAGAAACCCCACUGGUGAGAUCCUUCAUGCAUCUCUGGCAUCAGAAGUAUCUCCACUAGCCACCUCACCUGAAGUCUCAGAAGCAUCUCUUAUGUCCAACUUACCUCUGACGUCCGAGGCAUCGCCAGUAUCCAACUUACCUCUAACAUCUGAAGCAUCUCCAAUAUCUGAUUUACCACUGACAUCAGAAACUUCCUCAGUGUCUUCCAUGCCUCUCACCUCUGAGACGCCUUUUGUAUCCAGUUUGCCAAUUCCUGCAGAGACUUCUCCUAUUUCUAAAUCUUCCAUGAAUGAAAGAAUGGUGCAUCAGCAGAGAAAGUCACCUUCAGGAUCUGAAGAAGCUAUCUCUCCACAGAAAGAGGAACCUUCCAUCCCCACCAAUCCCCUGGGAGAGAACCUCGUCUCCCACCCAAAGCCUUUGUCCACCAUUCCAGAACCCAUCAACAUGAGUUCUGCCAUGCUGCCUGAAGCACUUCCACCUGAAGAAUCGCAUGGUCAGACUCUGAGUCAGGAGCCUUGUAACACUCAUGUUGAAAUGGAGAAGCUCUAUGCCCCUUCCAUCCCAGAACUUCCUGCUACAGAAAUGACAAAAGUUAAAAACCAUAGUGUUCUGCAAAGAACUGAGAAGAAAGGGGUGUCUUCGCCUUUGGAAGAACCUGUCUUCUCUGAGGAAACAGAGAUCAAGGGAAAUGAGCUUCUUCCAGCUAAAGUACAGGACAAACAGUAUGUGCCAUCAGUAGAUAAGGCUACCUUUUUAGAAGGCUCACGAAACAAAAUGCAUAAGCAGAGCGGUACACUGAAUCGAUUGGAGACCUCACAUACUUCCAAAAUUUCAGAGCCCUCCAAGUCACCCGAUGGGAUAAGAAAUGAAAAUAGAGAAUCAGAGUUAUCAAAGAGGAAAACCGUGGAGCAUAGCUUUGGAAUAUGUAAAGAAAAAAGAGCUAGGAUAGAAGAUGAUCAGUCAGCCCGGAGCCUAGCGUCCAGCAGUCCCCCCGAGAAAGAGCAGCCGCCACGAGAGGAGCCCAGGGUUCCCCCUCUCAAGAUACAGCUUUCUAAAAUUGGGCCGCCUUUUAUCAUUAAGAGCCAGCCAGUCUCCAAAGCAGAGUCCCGGGCAUCCACUAGUACAUCAGUCAGCAGUGGGAGGAACACAGGAGCCAGGACCCUUGCAGACAUCAAGGCCCGUGCUCAACAAGCCCGGGCCCAGCGUGAGGCUGCUGCAGCUGCUGCAGUUGCAGCUGCAGCGAGCAUUGUCUCAGGAGCCAUGGGAAGCCCAGGGGAAGGCGGGAAGGCAAGAACCCUGGCCCACAUCAAAGAGCAGACCAAAGCUAAGCUCUUUGCAAAACAUCAGUCCAGGGUCCACCUCUGCCAGACCUCCAAGGAGACCCGGUUACCUAUUGUCAGCACCAAGGAAGAAUCUCUCAAUAUGGAAGCCUCUCCUACCCCCGAGACAAAAAUAGAAGGCUCUACAGGAGUCAUUAUCAUCAAUCCAAACUGUAGAUCUCCUAGCAGCAAGCCCGCACACAUCCGGGAGACCACCACUGUAUUGCAGCAGCCUCUGAACCCACCUCAGAUGCCAGAAACUGCCACUGACUUGUCUGUGCAUAGUUCUGAUGACAACAUACCUGUGUCACAUUUAACUGAGAAAAUUGUUUCAUCUACCUCUUCAGAAAAUAGCAGUGUACCCGUACUUCUUAAUAAAAGUCCCAUCAACCCCAUCCCUAUGUCUGUCUGCAGCACCGCCAUGUCGGGAGCAAUUAAAGAGCAUCCCUUUGUGAGUCCUGUUGACAAAUCUUCUGUCCUCAUGUCUGUUGACAGUGCAAACAGUACGAUUUCUGCUUGUAAUAUAAGCAUGUUGAAAUCCAUCCAGGGAUCUGAAGCCCCAUGCAUAGCCCUUGUACCAAAAUGUAUCAACAGGACUCCUAUGCCAGCUGCUCCAGAAGGUGCUGGACAGUCUAACUCUAUGGAUGGGAAGGCCCUGCUUGUACCCAGCAGCAAGGCUGCUAAUGUAAUGCCCAAUCAGUACACUUCUGUGCCAGCUCCCACCAUUGGAAGUAAUUUGCCAAACCAUCUCUGCACUAGCUCUGUCUUGAUUCCCCCCACAGGGAUUAAUAACAGAUUUACUUCUGAGAAGAUAGCCAUGCCCGGAAGUGAAGAACAGGCCACCAUGUCCGUGGGUGCCAACGUGAGAACAGCCCUUGGCUGUGGUGAUGCGGUGACUGUGGCUGAUUCGCUGGUUCCACGCCCACCUGUCGCAAUGUUUGCGGGAAACAUGCUCACUGUAAACUCUUACAACUGUCCUCCCAAAGCAAGUGGGGAGAGCUCAGACAACAAUUCAGGGCCUCGAAACAGAACCGAGAAUUCUGAGAAACCUCAGCAGCCACCAGGGGGCUUUGUCCCAGCAUCCGUAAACAGAUCAAUUCCGUGUAAAGUCAUUGUGGACCACAGCACAACACUGACCUCCAAUGUGUCUCUGACUGUCUCCAUUGAAAGUGCAGACUCAAGCUUGGAUUCCCAGACUAGGUCGGUGAGGACAGACGUAUCCAUCCAGCCUGUGGCAUGUCCUCAGGUGUCUGUCAUCAGCAGACCUGAGCAGGCCACAAGUGAAGGGCUUGACCAUGGGUCUGUCUUCAUUGCUGCUUCUUCGGCCAAACAGGACUGUAAGACAAUGCAGGCCACUUGCGCUGCUCUCCGAGAACUGCCUCUUACUCUUCCAGAUAAACUGACCGAAGUGACCGUGACCGUUCCUACUCAUGGCUUUGCUGAGCAGGCGCGAAACUCAAGUACUUUCAAGAAUGAACCGGACACAGCCUGUAGCAAUCAAUAUAACCCAGGAAACCGGAUUUGUUGGAGUGAAGACCCAAUGAGAAACACAGCACAGCCUGUGGUGAGUCAUUCAGGCUCAAGUAAACAGAAAGAGCAUCCAGAGCAGACUGGCCUGAAGGCUGUGAAAACCGAACAUGCUAACUAUGCACCUGUGUCAGACCUCCACCCUAGGAAUCUCAUCACAAAUGUCAGUCUUCCUGUGAAGCCCGAACCGCAUGAAGUAGACAAGGGCUUUAGAAUGGACACCGAGGAGUUUCCUGGCCCUGAGCGCCCUCCUCCGGCCACAGAGGUGACAAACAGCACUGGUGUACAACAAGCACAGGCCAUGAAGCCUUCCACCACGAGCCCUGUGGAAGAGGCUAUUUCCUUGGCUACAGACACCAUGAAAAGACUCCCAAGUACCGGCAGCUCAAGCUGCCGUCUGUCUUCCGUGGAAGCUAAUAACCCACUCGUGACACAGUUACUGCAGGGCAACCUGCCUCUGGAAAAGGUGUUACCACAGCCAAGAUUGGGAGCCAAACUUGAAAUCAACAGGCUCCCUCUGCCUCUUCAAACUACCUCAGUGGGUAAGACAGGGCUGGAGAGAAGCAUGGUCGACAUGCCAUCCACCUCUCCAAAUCCAGACGGUAAGGGCUAUUUGGCAGGGGCUCUAGCACCAGUCCAAAUGAGAAAGCGAGAAAACCAUCCCAAAAAGAGAGCAGCCAGGACGGCGGGAGACCACGCUCAAGUGAAAUGCGAGCCGGGGAAGAUGGUGAUGGAGCCCGACGUCAAAGCGGUACCCUGCGUCAUCAGUCCAGGCAUGAGUCAGCUCGGAGGACACAGCCAGCCGUUCAAGCAGGAACGGCUCAGUAAGACCUCCACGGCCACCAGGAUCAUGCCCAGCCCUGAGAUCAAGCAACAAAAGCGGCUGCUGCCUGCGUGCAGUUUCCAGCCGAGCCUAUUCCACAUAAACAAAAACGAAGGCUUCCACGCGGACGCUGGUACCUCACAUAGACAGCAGUUCUACCAAAUGCCCAUGGCUGCCAGGGGACCCCUUCCCACGGCUGCUCUGUUACAGAACUCUCCCAAGACCCCAGUGGGCUGCAAUUCAUUUGCCUUCAAUAGGCAUCUGGAACAAAAAGCAUUGGGAGAUGUGAAUCUUCCCACAGCACCUCACCAGCUAAGACUAGCCACUAUGCUGUCCCCCAACAUGCCUACAAAAGAAGGUGAGGAUGGGGGAGGCACCGCCCACACAAUGCCAAGCAAGGCGGUGGUCCAUGCUCCACUGCCACCCCCACCACCCCCUCCACCACCACCCCCUCCACCCUUGGCCUUGCCCCCGCCACCCCCUCCACCCCCUCCACUACCUCCGCCUCUUCCCACGGUAGAAGUCCCACCGGAUCAAAAGCAACCACCAGUUACCAUGGAAACCACUAAGCGACUUAGUUGGCCCCAGUCCACAGGCAUAUGUAGCAAUAUCAAAUCAGAACCUCUCUCUUUUGAGGAAGGUCUAAGCAACAGCUGUGAACUGGGCAUGAAGCAGGUUCCGUACGACCAGAACGAAGUGAAGGAGCAGCUGAAGGCAUUUGCAUUAAAAAAUGCAGAAUUUUCUUCCUACUUGCUCUCUGAGCCCCCAAAGCCUUUUACCCAAUUAGCUGCUCAGAAACUACCAAUACCCCAGCAACAACCGCUCUGUGGAAGUUACCCGACGAUACACUUUGGGAGCACAAAUUUCAAAAGGGCAGCAUCUGCCAUUGAAAAGUCCAUUGGGAUUCUGGGAAGUGGCUCGAGUCCCGCCACAGCCACCACCACCACCACCACGGGUCUGGCAGGUCAAAACACCCAGAUGCCGCCAGUUCAGAACUUUACGGACAACAGCAACGCAGAUGAGUUAGAGCUGAAAUGUUCUUGCCGGCUCAAAGCCAUGAUUGUGUGCAAAGGCUGCGGGGCCUUCUGCCAUGAUGACUGCAUAGGUCCAUCCAAACUUUGUGUAGCUUGCCUGGUUGUCCGAUAAGAGCUGAGUGAAGGAUUCAGCACCCCCUCCCUGUACCCCACUGUUUGACAUGAAAAAGCCUAACAUAAUUAGCAAGGAGUCAAGUAAGGCGUUGGCUUCUGCGCCAGCAUAUUUUCAUUGCGAAGUAAGUCAUCUUGGUUUUUUUCUAGGUGAUUAUUUUCUUACGUUUCUCAUACGGGGUUGAU